AUGGCAUUGUUCAAGCUGUUUGGGAAUAAGCUUGCCGGCUCUCUAACUAUAGUUACAAUAGAAUCCUUAGUUCUCGUUUUGAUACAAAGUGCGAAGGCUAUGUUGCUGGAACCCCGAUGGGGACAUGGAGCCGUACUUUUAAGUAACAAAUUAUAUAUUUAUGGAGGAAAAACAGGAACAAAAAAUGAUCUUGAUUAUAUAAAUCAACUCAUUAUUCUGGAUGUUUCAACAUCUUUCGCAAUAUCAGAUCCUGCGUGGACAACACGCUCUGUUGGGCCAAAAGUUGCAUAUCACACAAUAAGUAUAGGUGGAUCACAAAAUGAACUUUUAGUGUUAUAUGGUGGUGAAUAUCUAAAUACACCUGAUGAACCUGUACCAGACAAUCCAUUAUUUUAUUACAACACUUUGGAGGAUUCACCUGAAUGGAAUAAUGCCAAUUUAAGUUUAGGGACUCCACGGAAAGAGCACACUGCUGUUACAAGACUAUCUGAUUCCAUGAAUUAUUUUUUUGGUGGCAUACCUGAUGUAUCCGAUAUCUCGGUUUCAGCUAUAAUUCAAUUUCAAGAUUUAUUUAAGUUGGAUACCAGAAAAAAUUACUGGGAUAUCCAACAUGUAGAUCCAAAUACGCCAUCUGAAAGAUUUCAUCAUACUGCAACAAUUCUUCCUGAUGGAAAAAUGUAUGUGAUUGGAGGGUAUUCCAAGGACAAAUUAGUAGACAUAAUUGGCACUUUGCCUUCGGCACGUCGAGAUCAUGCCGCAGUAGGAACACAUGAUGGUAAGGUGAUCAUACAUGGUGGUGUGAAUCAGGAUUAUCUUGGGUUAUUUGAUGAUAUCGCGGUUUUGGACACAACCACUCAACCAAAUUACACUUGGAACGUGAUUAAAGCAAAGGGCACUAUACCAGCAGCAAGAUAUUCUCACACUGCUACGAUGAUUGGCACUAAUAUGCUGAUAGCAUUUGGUUUUUUAGCAAAAGAUACCCCAGAUAAUAAUAUUUAUGUCCUUGAUACGAUUACGUAUACAUGGAAAGAAAGUUAUUCCCCAGAAAAUUUGGACUUUACAAAAACAACGUACUCUCCUAACGAUGAUCCGACACAACAAGGAAAAACUUCAAAAACCAGAGUAAUAGCUGCUUCAACGAUAGGAACAAUAGUAUUUAUUUUGUUGGUAGGCUAUGUACUUUGGUUUUUUCGUAGAAAAAGGCAAGAUUCCUUUUAUGCCGCACCAUAUUCGAACACAAAUGAACAAGCUUCGAAUCAAGAAAAACCAAAUAAAUUUAAUAUCUUUUUAUGCGCAAAAAAACCAACAUUAAAUCAAAAAUCAAAGACAUUGGGCGUUCCUUCUGGUUCCACUACUGAAGAAUUACCUCGGCCAAGCAUGGGCAGCGGCCUUGCUAUGCCUAUAGAGAGUAGUUCUCAUGAUAAAGAUUAUUCUGCAGCAUUGGAAGAAAACAUGAUGGGUAUUGACAUUCAGCAAACAAACUUUAUGAUUGUUCCGAAAUCACCCUUACGUGUUACAAAUCCAGAUAAUGUGGGGGAUGAUUAG